AUGGGAACGAAUGCACUCUCCAUUCGUACAACGCAACGUUGGUUCAAUCAGUUCAACAACGGUAACUUUGAACUCGAUGAUUUACCUCAUACUGGAAGACCACUCGAGGUGGAUAUCAAUCGCUUAAAGGAACUUAUCGAAGAUGAUCCUAGAUUAACUACACGUUGUUUAGCAGAGCACCUUGGGUGCUCUCAUGUUACAGUGGCAACACAUCUGCACGAAUUAGGCAAAACGUGCAAAUAUGGAGUUUGGAUACCACAUGAUUUGUCACCGCAUCAGCUCCAACACAGAGUUGAUGCUUGUAUGGAAUUAAUGACAUCUCACGGCAACUAUCGAUGGCUUCAUAAUCUUAUUACUGGCGAUGAAAAGUGGGUGUUAUAUGUUAACCAUACACGUAAGCGGCAGUGGCUGGCAGCUGGACAAAAAGGUGUAGCAACACCCAAACAUGACUCUAACCAAAAGAAGAUUAUGCUGAGCGUUUGGUGGGGAGUAAGAGGAAUUAUCCUCUGGGAACUUCUUCCACCUAAUCGCACUAUCACUGCUGACUUCUAUUGCCAGCAAUUAGACCGAGUUGCAGCCAAACUUCAGGGAAAACAGGAUAAAAUUUAUUUUUUGCAUGACAAUGCCAGACCUCAUGUUGCAAAAUUAACUCGUGAAAAAUUACUGGAGCUUGGAUGGAUUACGGUUCCACAUCCACCUUAUUCUCCAGACUUGGCUCCUACAGACUACCACUUGUUCCGUUCUCUUUCUAACUAUCUGAAGGAGAAAAAGUUCGACGACGAAUACGAUCUAGAAAUGGGACUUCUCGACUUCUUUGACCAAAAGUCGCAGGACUUUUACGAAAGUGGGAUCCUUUCUCUACCAGAGCGUUGGCGACAAGUUAUAGAUAGUGAUGGAGCAUAUAUCGUUAAAAGCUAGUUGUAUUCUUCGUAUUGAAAAAAUAAAAAUAAAUUUAGCAAAAAAAACGACAAAAAUUUCUUAACAAGCCAAUACUUAGGGUGGUCCAAAAGUUCUGGCCACGGAGUUUUAAAUUCAUUAAAAUACUCAGUUCUGAAAGUUUUAUUGCAUGAAUAGUUAGUAAAAUAUCUCGUCUAUAAUUAUACAUAUAACAAGUUUAUCUUGGAUUUAAUUCUGAUAUUCUUUUAGGUAAACUUUAUAGUACUUAGUACCUAGCAAGGGUGUUGAUAACGUCAAGUAAUCAUAUCAAAAGAGCUACUUAUUUCUGGUUUUAUUUUAUUAAAUGUUCACAAUAAUCACCAUCA